GCAAAAGUGAAGCCGAGACCGACUGUCAAGCUUGGCAUUCCUUUCCUUGAUCGGCCAAAACCUGCGGUGCCAACUCCAAACCUACAAGAUCAGAUGUUGCUUUCGAAGAUCCCAAGGACAAUGAUUAUUGCAGGUAAUGACGGAAAGUCCGGCAUUGACCAGCCGAGCCUCGGAGGCUACGGCAAUGGAAUGGCCAGCGCAGAUGACGAGUGGAUCCCACCCCCUCCCCCCAUGGCUCCCCCGCCCCCCCCCACCAAUGGCUCCCCCGCCACCUCCGGUACAGAGUCCGCACAGCGGCCACCUGCCUUACGAGCUGGCCGUCCCGCCGCCCCCCAGCAUGGCCCCGCCCCCACCACCCCCUCACCACGCCAGCCACCUGCAGCAACUCCCAAACCUUCCGGCACCCAGUCCUCUCCCUGACAACAUCCACCUGCCACCCCCGGCGGCGAUUCCCCUGGCACCUCCCCUGUCCGCUCCCCCAGCACCUCCUCUGAUGGCCCCUCAAAAACACCUUCCAAUGACUGGCCAGUACCCCAGAGCGACCCCCCCCGUUCUUCCACCAAAUGACUAUUCUAAGGUGCACAGUGAAACCUCAAGGGGCAGUCACAUUAGACCCCCUAAAAAACAGCCCCCUCCUCCCCCACAGAGGGAUCUAAUGCACCCCCUGAAACCUGAGCGACACUCGCCGUUUGGGCCCAGCUCUUCGCAGAUCACCACCUCGAACACCAUUUCCUUCCUGGCUGACCCAUCCGACCCAUCAAAAGUUGCAUCCACCUUCAACCCCAAGGCAACAGCGAAGCUCUACGGAUUCUCCGAUCCGGUUACCGGGCCGGAAGCCUCGGCGGAGAGUGACCGCAAGGUGAGAGGCAAAUCCAUGAUCGUCAUGCAAGAUGCAAAGCCCUACCCAGUGGAUCCUGCUGCGCACCAGAAGAUGGUGAUGGAAGGAAGUGGUGAAUAUCCAGUCAUGAACAAAGCACAGGCAGAUCCCAGUGCGUCCAGACCGCAGAAACCAGCUCGCAGGAGCCAGGCAGUGGUUCAGCCCAAAUCGGGACCCAACAUUCCCGCCUAUCUACCUGUGGACUACCUUGUCUCAGAUCCGACUGAGAACCACUGGAAUGGUAACGCUGACGUUCAACAGGCUGGAUCAAACCAAAUUCAGGAUUCAAACAACAAUCAAACUUUCACCAAUCUGCCCAUUUCUGGAAGGCCUAGAGAAGAAGAGAGAGGAGAGUCCAGCGAAGCGGGUGACUUUGAAAGCCCAAGUUCCUCAGGAAGUGACUUGUCAGAUUUCCCGUAUGUCAAGCCAAGUUUCCCGGCUGCCAGAACUGCAGAUUUACCAGAUUCUUUGCCAGAACCAGCUCAACGGGGCUCGAAGCACGGCGCUGAACCACGCUCACCGCUGGCCCUUCUAAUGGCUGCCAAGCAGCGAGACCUGAAAAACAAAGCUCCCAAAUCUCCCUCGGAUGCCCCGACCCUGUCCAUUGGGGGCAGUCGGUACAUUAGGCCAACCAAUCCAAAUUCAUUCCAAAUCAUGCCGCGAUCGAAUUACCGGAAGCAGUUGUCACUGGGAGAGCCAGACAUUACGCCGCCAAGCGAGGAUGGAGAUGGUGACGUUCCUCCCGGGGGUGCAGAAAGGAGCUUGAACUUGCCUCAGUUUUCCUUCCCCAGGGUUGCUGAACUCGAAAGCUCCCACAAAGACGAAGACAUGUCCUUGCUCUUGCUUCCGCCUCCUCCUCUCUUCAGUGACGAAGACAAUGAAGAAUUCCCACUCCCGUUCCUGCCGCCGCCUGCGGAAUUUUCCAACGACGAUGACAAUGGGAGUGCUUCCACGGAAUCGGAACGAGAAGGGAGCAGGGAACCUCGAGCAGCUGCCUGGUCAGACAGCUCGAGCCCCUUUGUGCAAGGACCCACCUAUGAAAGGGGUGGUCAUUGGACAUCCCCUCACUGUAACAGCCCAGCAAGUAUAAGCACCCACCUCAUUAACAGACCAUCAGUAAAUACAUCUUCUGCCUCAAACUCCAAUGGACUGAAGCCACUGCUGGCACCAAAGCCCAACAAUGCAGCCCUGAAUGCAGGUUCCAGCAAACUUCAUAUUUCCAACCACCUUCUGGCUAAAGCACACGACAGAAAUGUGCCAAGACUGGACCAGAAACAAUCAGAGGCUAGAAUAUCACCGAACGGUCUGUUGGCAAAGAGUAAUCUUAUUGGUGAACUGCAGUCCAAGGUGCAGACUUUAAGCACCCAGUCAGAUGUGGGGUCUAAAAGCUUCCACAGUACAAAGUUUUCACAAUUUCAUGGAAAGACCUUCACGGUCCGACCUGGUGCAAAACAACCAAUUACUGUGGUCAGCACUUCAGCCACCAAAUGAGCAAGCAACUACUCUGCCAUGCAAGGUAUUUUCUGGUAGCUUCAUCUAGACAUCAGCUUGUUAACCAGAGGAUGGUGCCAACUGCUUCAGUUUUCCUGAGAGGUGUAAGAUCCUGCUGACCUGAUGAGAUGAGAUGCCAGUGUGCCGAAGAUACUUUUAGAACCGCUUAUAUUGAACUGAGGAUUAUAUAAGAUGUAUGUUCUUGACAACUAUAUUUACUGAAGUAUCUUUCUGCACAUUCUCCCUUUUACUGUGUUGUAUAACACACAAACACCAAUCUGUGUCGUAUUUUAGCAUGGUUCUGGCCCGUAAUCUUAUAACCUGUUGAUUUUGCCUAAUUCCCAUGUAAACUCCACAUAGAAAAAGUACAAUUUUUGGCAUAUAAUCAAUCAAAUCUUCUUUUCACUUUUUGAACAACUGUGUAUACAUCACAUAGGUCUGUUUUUAAGCUAAGCAUGUAACCAAUGAAAAUGUUCUGUAAUAUAUUAAAUUAUUUAUUUUUAUUACAAUUUACUUCUCAGUCAUUAGGUAUUAACUUGUACAAUGUAUUCGUCUCCAGAGCUAAGUCUGGUGAAGUGAGUCUAAAUUAAUGGUGCAGAUUGUUAACGACCGCUGUUUGCUUAGCCUGUUCUACAAUCCUCAUGUAAUUAAAUGACAAAAUUGUUCACCUUAUAACUUGUAUUAAAAAUAUUACAAUGGAAAGAAAUAUCUUUAGAUUGGGAAAGGGGUUAGCAGAAAGUGCCCUGUAUCCAACCGGAACUUUGAUAUGUAAAUUACAAGAUCAAAUGGAAUAUUUUUACUAAAUGUUAUCUUUUGUAUAAAAAUCAAAAUAUAACAAUGUACUGUAUAGGCAAGUUUGGUGUCUUAUAGCAUGAAUCUCUUAACUUUACUUCCUCUCUCUGUAUUAGACUAAGUCUGUGAAAAUGCUUUGAACAAAGACGUUGUCCUACACAGGAACGUCACUGCUCCAUUUUAAAAGGUCAAUUAACAGUUUGGUAGGUCAGACUGAUUAAGCACUUAGUGUGCAAGGUUCUCAACAUUUACAAACCCUUUGCCCUUCUACAUUAGUUAUGUUUGCUGUUGAUUAAAUAUAUAACGUCUCAAA